UCUGUAGUCGCACUUUCCAAAUGCAUGCUACAACAAUAGCUACCAUGGCAGCCAACUAUUUUCUCGCAGCAACCCAUCUCACCACACUAUUCUUUUUCCUUCGCCAAAUAACCCUGCAAUCACUCUCCAUUUCUGCCUCUACUCGAUCUCUCCUCAUUUCGCGACAUCUCGCUCAAGCUCCCCCGUCAAUCACUCUACCCCCAAGAAGUUGUUUCAUAUUCCCGUUGUCUCCAAGAAAGCAGUUGCUAUUCGCAAGUGUGAUUCUAAAGUUGAAGGUAUUGUCACGUUGUCCCAGAAAGAGGUAAACUAUAUAAAGACAAUGAAAUGAAGAGAUAUUGGCAUUGGGGAAAUCGAGACCGUUCAAUGAAGGUUAGGAGAAGGAAAAUCCAUGAGCGACAAAGAUGCUUAACAAGAUAUCGUCCCAGGAUGCUACAAGGUUUAAGGUACGCGAUAUUUGUGGGGAUGCAGGACGAGAAGAUUUGCUUGCUAUAUGUAGCAAGUGCACCGAUGGUGCAGAACACACUUACUGUAUGUGAGAAAUGCUUCGGAAAGUUUCUGAAGGAGAUUAGCUCUGUGAAGAAUGCAAGCUGGCUGAGGAAACUGAAAGCCAAAAGCAAGGUUUGGAUGCUGAGGGGAAAACGGAAAAUAAACUUAUCUCAAGUACAUGUAUCUUAAGUAAGAGACAUAUUGAAAAUCUAGAGGGUGCUUCAGCUCCAAAAAGGUAGGUUGAUGGAUUGGCAACCAUUCUGGUAAUGAUAUGCAGGAAGUUAUACGCUCUCUGACUUCUGGUCCACAGCUACAAACACCAAAGGGGAGCUUAUUGAAAUACAGUUCAUUUAAUACCUUAAAUUCCAAUUCUAAGGUGAAACUUGUGAUGAGGUUGUUGUUCAGAAACGAGAAAGUUCUAGAGAACAUGCAUCACUUUAUAGAGAGGAACCUGCUAGAAUGAUGGGCAAAGAUUGUGGUUUAUGUUGAGAGUACUACAAGUGUUCCACAUGCCUCAAACUCAAGACUUUCACCGCUACCUCUGGAACCUGCCGGUUUCAGUUAUGACCGUAGGGCAAC